GCGUGAGGACAGGGGAGCAGUCCAGCACUCACACGGAGCUUUAACUUAACAACAUGGGUUUUCAUGGAGUGGGCGUGGGAAGCAACUUCAUCACACUUUUCUGACCUCUUGAGCUCUGCAACUGGCUAUCAGGUGUUGCCAAAGGUACCCGUGCCUCCAUUGAAGCAAACCCUCGAAACUUACUUGAAGUGCGUCCAGCAUCUGGUGAAGGAAGAACAGUUUAGGAAGACUAAGGCCAUUGUUGAGAAGUUUGGGGCUCCUGGGGGUGUCGGAGAAGUUCUACAGAAGAAGCUGAUGGAGCGGAGGGAGAAGACAACCAACUGGGUCUAUGACUACUGGCUUGAGGACAUGUACCUGAACAAUAGGUUGGCCUUACCAGUCAACUCCAGCCCUGCCAUGGUGUUCCCAAAGCAGGCAUUCUCAAAUUAUAAAGAUGCCCUCAGAUUUGCUGCCCGUCUCAUCCAAGGAGUGCUGGAGUAUAAGGCUCUCAUUGAUGCGCGAGCACUGCCAGUGGAUUUCGCUCGAGGCCAGCUAGCUGGGACUCCUCUGUGCAUGGAGCAGUAUUACCGCCUCUUUACCUCCUACCGCUACCCAGGGUUAAAGACAGACAUGCUGAAAGUCCACAUGAAUGCAGUCUCCUCAGCACCAGAACACAUAAUUGUGGCAUGCAAGAACCAGUUUUUCGUAUUGGAUAUAGUUGCAAACAGCAAGCAGCUCAAUGAGGUGGAGAUAUUCCACCAGCUGGAGAAGAUCAUGACAAUGUCAGAAAACGCUGAAGAGAGACUCCCUCCUUUUGGGAUCCUGACAUCAGAUGGCAGAACAGAAUGGACUCAAGCAAGAGAAGCAUUAACAAAAGAACAAAUCAACCGGGAUUCUUUGGCCCUGAUUGAGAGCUGUGUAUGUGUGGUGUGUUUGGAUGAACCCUGUGGUCUCCAGCCCAGUGAUACCAAUAGGGCUUUGAUGAUGUUACAUGGUGGAGGACAUGAGAAAAAUGGUGCAAACCGCUGGUAUGACAAGUCAAUGCAGUUUGUUGUAGGAAUGGAUGGGAUAUGUGGGGUGGUAUGUGAUCAUUCGCCAUUUGAGGGAAUAGUUCUGGUGCAGUGCUCUGAAUACUUGAUGAAAUAUAUAACAGGAAGUCCCUCCAAGAUAGUUAAGUCUGCAAAGGUGAGAGAGCUUCCCCCUCCAAGAAGGUUGCUCUGGAAAUACAACCCCCACAUCCAAGGACUCUUAAAAGCAUCUGGAGAAAGACUCCAAAGGCUGGUGAAUAAUCUUGACAUGGAUGUACUCAAAUUUGAAACUUAUGGGAAAGAAUUUAUCAAAAAGCAGAAGAUGAGUCCAGACGCAUUUAUACAAGUUGCCUUGCAACUUGCAUUUUACAAAUGCAGGGGAAGGCUUGUGUCCACGUAUGAGAGUGCAUCAAUUCGCCGUUUCCAAGACGGUCGGGUUGAUAACAUUCGUUCAGCCACUCCUGAGGCCCUGGCUUUUGUGAAGUCCAUGACUGAUGAGAGAACAACUUUCAGUGAUUCAGAGAAAAUGAAAAGGCUAAGGGAUGCAAUUAAUGCCCAAACAAAUUACACAGUUGCAGCUAUUACAGGAAUGGCAAUAGACAAUCACCUCCUUGGGCUUCUGAAGACUGCAAAGGAGCUCAACAUGGAGAAGCCAGAGAUCUUCUGUGAUGAGACAUAUCUGGCCAGUAAUCAUUUCAUCCUUUCCACCAGUCAGGUAGCACAAAUUCAGAUUUUAUCCAUCUCAACAUUUUUAACAACGAAAAUAUCAUAUUAUAUAAAUGUUCUGCUUUUCCAACAAUCAAUCACAAUAUACAAAUAUCAUCCAGGCCCUCUUGAAAAACUACACUAA